AGCCAUGGCCAGCCCGGAGCCCCGGCGAGGCGGGGACAGCGCCGCCCAGGCCGAGAGGGAAACAAGAACAGAGGCUAAUUCUCCUCUUCAAGGGAACUCUGAAUCCCCGAAAGAGACAGAGACUUUGAACCCAGAAGUUAUUCUGUCUUUGGAGGGGACCUUGAACCUAGAAGAUAUUUUCUACCACCUGGAGGACACAGGUGACCUUGAUGAGAUACUCCACGUGGAAGAGGCGGAGAAGCCAGAGGAGACCCUGUAUAUUGAGGAGACCAGGCAGCCAGAGGAUGAGACAGCGUACGCAGAGGAGCCUGUGAAUCCAGAGACACUGUAUGUGGAGGAAAUAGUAGAGCCAGAUGAGGCACAGGUUGUGGAGGAGCCCAGGGAGCCGGGAAAACCCACAAGCCCAGAGCAGAUUGUUUAUGGGGCAGAGACGGUCACAGGGGAGGAAAAUGCUAACCCUGAGGAGAGCCUCAGAGCUGAGCCGAGCCCGGGUGUGGAGGACCUGAGCAUAGAGGACCUGGAAUUGCUGGAGGAGCGUUUCCAGCAGUGUGUCCAAGCCGUGGCCCAGCUGGAAGAGGAGAGGGAUCAGCUUAUCCAUGAGCUGGUGCUGCUCCGGGAACCCGCCCUGCAGGAGGUGCAGCAAGUCCAUCAGGACAUCCAGGCGGCCUACAAGCUGCACGCCCAAGCAGAGCUGGAGCGAGAUGGGCUAAAGGAAGAGAUCCGACUGGUCAAGCAGAAGUUGUUCAAGGUGACAAAGGAAUGUGUGGCCUACCAGUACCAGCUGGAGUGCCGUCAGCAGGAUGUGGCUCAGUUUGCUGAAUUCAGGGAAGUGCUGACUACGCGGGCGACCCAGCUUUCAGAGGAACUGGCCCAGCUCCGGGAUGCCUAUCAGAAGCAGAAGGACCAGCUGCGGCAACAACUAGAAGCACCCCCCAGUCAGAGCGACGAUGGGCACUUCCUCCAGGAGAGCCGGCGACUCUCUGCUCAGUUCGAAAACCUCAUGGCAGAGAGCCGCCAGGGCCUGGAGGAGGAAUAUGAGCCUCAGCUUCUACGGCUUCUAGAGAGGAAAGAAGCUGGGACCAAAGCUCUGCAGAAAACCCAGGCUGAGAUCCAGGAGAUGAAAGAGGCUCUCAGACCCUUGCAAGCGGAGGCCCGGCAGCUUCACCUGCAAAAUAGGAACCUGGAGGACCAGAUCGCACUUGUGAGGCAAAAGCGAGAUGAAGAGGUUCAGCAAUACAGGGAACAGCUGGAGGAAAUGGAAGAAAGACAGAGGCAGUUAAGAAGUGGGGUGCAACUCCAGCAACAGAAGAAUAAAGAGAUGGAGCAACUCAGGAUCAGUCUUGCUGAAGAGCUCUCAACUUAUAAGGCUAUGCUACCCAAGAGCCUGCAACAGGCUGAUGCUUCCACUCCUCAGGCAGGUGGAAUCGAGACACAGUCUCAAGGGGAUGUUUAGAAAUAUAUGGCCAAAUCUGUAACCC